AUGAAGAAGGACGCAGUGGACAACAACAAGCUGACGAAUAAGGAGUUGAAUAACUUCCGGCUGAUGACACAGCUCAUAGAACUGAAGAAGCACAAAAAGGCAUUCAAAAUAUGCGAGCAGAUACUUAAGAAGUACCCCAAAAAUGGAGAGACCCUGGCAGUGAAGGGGUACCUCUUAAACCUCAUGGAUGAGAAAAACAAAGAGGAGGCCUUUAAGCUUAUCAAAGAAGGAAUAGUGAAUAAUAUAUCGAGCAGUUUCUGCUGGUACUUGUAUGGAUGCCUUUACAAAAUAUACAAAAAUAAUGAUGAAGCUUUGAAAUGUUACCUUAAAGCUUUGAAGCUCAACCGUUAUGACUACAAAGCUUUGAAAGAAGCAUGUGUCCUUCUUCUAUACCUAGGAAGGUAUGAGCAGUUUAAAGAUCUUCGGAUAGAUGUAUAUAAAGAUACCGUCAAGGGGGUAAGGGAUAAGGCCAUUUUAAUUUUCGCCUUUCAUCUGGUUAAGCAGUAUGAAAAAUGUUCUCUCAUAAUUAAUCAGGUUCAGGAGGAUUUGGCCCCUAAAAGGAGUGAUAAUCGGGACCCAAGAAAGGGAAACGAUUUGACCCCCAGUGAAAAACACGAUUUGAUAAUCUACAUGUGUGAAAUUCUGUUGGAAGGGAAGCUUUACGGGGCGUGCCUAGACUUACUAAAAAGAAACGAGGAAGAGCUGUUGGACAAAUUGUGGUACAAUAAAAUGCUCGGGCUGUUGUACCUAUUUCAGGAGAAUUUUGAUCAGGCCAAUUUACAUUUUAGGAAGGCCUUCGAACUGAAUUAUGAGAAUUUAAGCAUCCUUCUGUUGAUUUUGUACACGGAAAGGAGUUACACGCUUGAUGGGAAUGGCGGCAUUGAUGGGAGUGGCAGCAGUGGAGAGGCAGACGAUGCAUCGAAGCAAGGAAGAAGAGCACUCUCCAGCUUGUUCUUCCUCGAUUACAAAAAUGAGCAUAAGAUGGAUGACCAGGUCAAUGUUGACGAACAUGCCAAGGUAUUGUUACACGAAUUCAUUUUAGACGUUUAUGGGUCAAACAGAAAUUUGAAGCUGCUAGCCAGGAAGGAGAAAAACGUCCUCAAUGACUAUGUGUGUCAUAACUGGGGAAUGAAAAAGUAUGACGUAUACACCCUUUCUGAAUUCAACAAUUUUGUUAAUGUAAAUCUGGUGGAUGAGAAACAUUUUAAACAAAACCUACAUUUGAAAAAUAUCGAUGAAUACAUCAAAUCGAUGAGGGAAAGUAUCCAAGGUGAAAUGAGCAACAUCACCAAGGGGGACGAUGUCUACUCGCAUAACAUUAUCCACUGGUCGGAAAAACUCGGCGUGGACUUACCAUACUGCUAUAAGAAGAAGUUCGAAAAAGGCAUGAAUAUGGUCCACUUUUACAAAAUAAAAAAUCUGAACCAGGAGGAGGAAAACUGCUUCGAAAAUUAUUUUAAAAAUUUGCAAAAAAAAUAUAAGCAUUCGAAUUUGUUAAGAAUAUUUCCCCUCUACUUUUACAAUGAAAAGAGAUUUUCCUUUCACGUGGAAAAGCUACUCCGCAGUUUAUGCUUUCAGAAGUGCUUAACCAUUUUCAGCUAUUUCAGGCCUUUCUUCACAUACAAAAAUGUGAAAAUAAUACUUUUUUUGCUGCACAGAUAUAUUGAAAAUUAUGAGCGCGUGGGGGACAUUCCCCCCUUUGACUGUGGUGGCCUUGCUUGUGCCGAGGUGGGAGGGUGCCACGACUGCUUGGGGGGAGAGCUCGGUCAAGAAGGUGAAGAAUCGCCCGGGAAGGAGACCCAAGGAUGGGCCAAGGAGACCCCCGAAAAGCGAGAAUUCAUGCCUGUGCACGGAUAUGAGACGGAUCACCUAAAUGGCGAGGCGAUGAACGGGGAGCUCCCCACCGGUGACGACAAGGUUCACCUGGAAAAAAUCCCAAAUGGGGGUGAAGCGGAAGAGACCCCCCAAUUGAGCAGCAGAAAAAAUGCUGUGGACAGCUUCCUACACGAGACGGAAGAAAUCAAAAACAUCAUUGGAAUGGCCACUCCCCUAGGCGGAGGACAGAAGGCCGAAAAUAAGGACCAAAAUGGGAGAAAAAUCGAAAAGGCGAAUGGGAAAAAAAGCACCGAUGAGGGGAAAGAAAAGAAAGAAAGAAAACUUGACUUAAAAAAAGUCACCCUAACGGAGGAGGAAAGGAAGGAAUACUUCAUCUUCUGCAUUCAUUCCUUCAUUACUCAGCUGUAUGACUACAUAAACUGUCCAAACGAAUCGCUAACUCUUCUCAAAGACAGCUCAGACAAAAUUACCUUCAAAGCGAACGAGUCGCUUAAACAAGAGCUCCUUUUUAUAAAAGGGUUAAUUUACAAACGAAACGGAAAUUACCUAGAGGCGUACAGGCAUCUGGAAGAAUGCCGAUUAGCAAACAUUGGCGAUAGGUAUAUAAAUUCGAAGACGAUUAAAACUUGCUUGAAGUGUGGACUGAUAAAGGAUGCAAGAAAAAUGGCCUACAUUUUUACGAACCCCCUGGACAACAAUUUCCUGAAGAACAUUAACGAGACGCAGUGCUUCUGGUUGGAGUAUAGCAUCUCGCAGAGCUACUUUGACAACCACCCGAACGUCCACUUGGGGAGGUACCUCAGUCUGGGGACCGACAGUUUGUACGACUUUGGUGCUGUGAAGAAGGCGGAAAAUGAAGCGGCAGUGAAAAAGGAAGCGGGAGUGGAAUACCACGCGGCAGUGGGAAAGGAGGCGGAAGUGGAAAACGUAGUGAAGGAGCGAAACCCAAGCGGCGAAAAGCCAAAACUGAACCUGCGAAGAAGCAUCCUGGUGGAUAACGACAUGCUAGGGAGAAACGAAUUUAACGACUACAGCAGGGGACUGCACUACCUGCACAUGGGCCACAAGCACUUCUUAGACAUCCACGAGGAUCAAAUCUGCUUCUACUAUUACACCAUGAGAAAAUUGCUCUACAGAUCAUACAGGCACCUGCUGUACCUGACUAGCGAAAUAUUUUCUUGCCGAUUUUAUCGUAAAUUUGGGAAGGCGUUAAUCAAGGCAUUACUACAUAUACACGAUUCUGGAUUAUUAAAAAAAAAUGAUAUGAAUAAGAAGAGUAAAAAAAAGACUAAAGCUAAUGUAACUAUGCAGGAUGAAAGUGAUAUUUAUGAGCAUAUAAAGGAUGAUCCCUUGCAAAAUGCUAUGAUAUAUAUGAAAACGUUUCUGUCCCAGCCGAAUGUGGAUUUGUCUGUUUACAAGCUCAAAUUCGACAUUGAGAGGAGAUCACCUGACCAGGACUACGGACAGAUGCUCGACACCCUUCUAACGAUGAAGUCCAUAUUUCCGCACCAUAACUACAACUAUAAAUUUGGCCCAGCCAUUUCGUAUUAUUUGUGUACAGUCCGUUUGGAUAGUGCGAGCGAGGAAGCAAGAAAAGAAAUUACGAACAAGCUAAAUGACCUGUUGGGAUUAAAUCACUCUGCGUACAAUAUUGAGCUGUUAAAAGAAGUUAGGACACAAUAUAUGGAAGAUUUUGUAAAAUUUUUUAACGAGCAUAAGAAGGGCGACUUGCAUUAUUACCAAUCAGCCUUAGAAAUGUACCUGGACUGUGGCGAAAAGGUAGACGAAAGACUUUUGGAAAAUUCCAACAUCGACCCCAAGAAGAAUAAACUAACGAGGUGUUUUAAAUUUCUCCGAUUUUUACUUAAAUGGCAAGGGAAGCACGUAGAGUUUGCUCCCCUGUUGGACCACUUCAAGGUAACCUCCUUUUUUUUUUAUGCCAUUUUGUGCCACUAA